GUCUUGUUGAUUCCGAAGGUGUAUAGUACUGUGCCACAGGAAAAGCUGGUUGCCUGAGACCUCUAUUGAAGUAAUGGAGCAAUAUGCAAAAGAAUUACUUUCAAAGGGUUUAUUGCAGAGUGAAGAUUUGUACCGGUAUAUCUUGGAGACGAGUGUGUACCCACGUGAACCAGAACCUCUCAAGGAGCUAAGGCAUGUCACUGCUGGCCACCCUCGUGCUAGGUUUGCUACUUCACCAGAUGCAGGUCAGUUGAUGGCCAUGCUGUUAAAGCUGGUGAAAGCAAAAAAGACUAUUGAAGUUGGCGUUUUCACGGGAUACUCUCUUCUCCUGACUGCUCUUACAAUUCCAGAGGAUAGCAAGAUCAUAGGCAUAGAUGUAGAUCGGGAGACAUUUGAAAUUGGAUUGCCAAUUAUUAAGAAAGCUGGUGUUGCAGAUAAAAUUGAUUUCAUCGAGUCCGAGGCUUUACCAGCUCUUGAUCAACUAUUACAAAAUCCUGAGAAUGAAGGGAGUUUCGACUUUGCUUUUGUUGAUGCGGACAAGGGUAAUUAUUCAAACUACCAUGAGAGAAUCAUGAAACUACUGAAAGUGGGUGGGGUGGUUGUCUACGAUAACACACUUUGGUUAGGAACAGUUGUAAUGUCUGAUGAGUUGGUUCCAGAGAACUUGAAACGGUGGAAGGAGCCGACAAUUGAGUUUAACAAAUUAGUGGCAGCUGAUCCUCGUGUCCAAUUGUCACAUGCUUCCGUAGGUGAUGGCAUGGCAAUCUGCACUCGUCUCUACUGAACUUUUUCUCCAAACCUCUCUGCAUUUUUACUUGUAAGCAUUAGCUUAUCAUGAAGAACUGUUUUGUGGUUAAGCAACCAGAAUAAGCAGAGGUUUUAAUAAAACAGAUGGGUUCACCCA